CACACAAUCUGCUGCAAACAUAGCCCAGUGGAAGGACGGGCUCCUCACCUGCAGCCUCGGAAUGGCUAGGUCAGUGGCAAGAACGAAAACUCUGGAGCCCUGGAAGAUCGCACUGAUUGUCCUCGCAGUGCUGGUGGUUCUUGCAAUAGUCAUUGGAUUGCUUGUAUAUUUUUUGGCAUAUGAUCAAAAGAAGUUCUUUUACAAUGCCUCCUUUAAAAUCAUUAACGUUCGGUACCAGCCUAGCUUGGAAAAACAGACCUCAACAGAAUUUAGAGAUCUGAGCAUGAACAUCGAGACAUUGAUUCAUCAGGCAUUUCAAGUUCAUCCUUUAAAGAGAAGAAUUGUCCAGUCGUAUGUUGUGAGGCUAAGCCCAGAUGGCGGGGCCGUGCUGGCGGACGUGGUGCUGGUCUUUAAGUUCAUUGCCUCGGACAGCAGAGAGGUGCUCUGGGAGACCGUUUACAAUGCUUUGCUGAGGAGGCUGCAGGCACCAACAGGGCCCUUGAGGAUUGACCUGGCAUCUUUCAGGCUCUCAGAGAUUCCUGCAGAAAGUGGUGGAAAUCUUAUCUAUAGCUGUUGCGGGGCACGAAUAGACAAAUCUGGAGAAAGAAUUUCUGGCGGAAACAUUGUUGAGGAAGGGGAGUGGCCCUGGCAAGCCAGCCUGCAGCUGAAUGGCAUCCAUCGCUGUGGGGCAACCCUGAUCAGUGACACGUGGCUUGUAACUGCAGCUCACUGCUUCAGAGGGGCCAAGGACGUCAGCCACUGGACAACCAGCUUUGGGGCUCGUUUAAAGCCCGCAGUAGUGAAAAGGAACAUUCGCCGGAUCAUCAUCCAUGAACACUAUGCAGAUAAUGUCUCGAGCCACGAAUAUGACAUUGCUGUUGCCCAGAUUUCUCCCCCACUGCAGUUUACCGCUAAUGUGCAUCGCGUCUGCCUUCCGGAGGCCACCCAAGUCUUCCCAGACAACACCCCUUGUUUUGUCACUGGGUGGGGAGCACUGAAGGAUGAUGGUCCCAGUGUUGGUGAGCUUCGUGAAACAAAAGUAAAAAUCAUAGGCAAUGAGGUUUGCAACAGAAGAGAAGUGUACAGUGGACUCAUUUCUCCUGGGAUGCUGUGUGCUGGCUAUCUGCAAGGGGGGAGAGAUGCUUGCCAGGGCGACUCUGGCGGCCCAUUGGUUACUCCUGAUUCAAGAGACAUGUGGUACCUUGUUGGCAUAGUCAGCUGGGGGGACGAAUGUGCCAAACCCAACAAGCCAGGCGUCUACACACGGGUGACCUACUAUCGAGACUGGAUUGCUGCCCAUACUGGAGUCUGAAAUGGCAGGCAGGAUUUAUUUCACAAGCAGCGUCCCAGUUUGGAACCCCAAGACAUUUGGACUCUAAAUCGUGAUCGUUCUGUAGCUUUGGCUAAUACUGCGUCUAGACCAGGCCUCCGUGUCUCUGCAGGAGGCAGCCGCCUGAUUCUCUAUCAUAUUAUGCACUGUUUGCCAGCGUUGUUUUAUUUUCCACUUUUUGUUUACAAGGAAGGGAAUAGACUGAAGUAACCCUUUGCAAUUGGCAAACGUUUGAGAUUUUAUACUCUUUCAAACUCUGAUCUUCUGUGCAGUUGCAGUAGUAAAGCUGUUUAGUUAUAGAGCAUUUCCUGUUGUCACAACAGUUUUAAGAACUUGGUGGCAGUAUUUUUAAGUGUAUUCAAGUAUUUCAUUCCAUUAAAGUAUUUCGUCACUGAAUACCCCCCAUCAAGAACUAGAAACCCCUGAUUUACUCCUCCCUCUCAUCUUUGAAGGGCAAACUUGGUAGCCAUCAUGUAUCCCAACUAGCAAAGCACCAAGACUGGCUGUAGGACCUGAGAAGGCUCUCAGUGGCCUUCCACAAUGGCCAAGCGUAGGGAUGCCCAUCUCACGCUGGGGGUGGGGGAUCUCCUGCUCCCACCCUCCACCUCCCGCCCCUGCUACCUGGGCAGCAGAACCUCCCGGGGCGUGCUUCCAAGUGGCAUGGCAUGCUUCCGGGUGGCACGGCACAGUCCUGUAUGCUGUUUCAGCCAGGUUCGGCCUGGAUUCAGCCCAAAUUGAGUGACUGCCAAGCACGGGAGCCUUUCUGUGCUUUGUGGUGGCCAGAUUCAGGCAGAUUUGGACCCAAUUUGGCCCUGAUUCAGGCUGAAUCAGGCCACUGCAGAGCUCAGCAGCACUCCCAUGCUCCGUAGCAGAUGGAUUUGGGCCAAUUCGGGUCCCAAUCAGCCCAAAUUGGGCUGCUGCAGAGCACGGGAGCAUUCCUGUGCUUUGCAGCAGCUGGAUUUGGGCUGAAUCAGGACGCUGCGGAGUGUGGCGGUGCUCCCGCACUCCACAGUGGUCUGAUUUCAGUCCAAGUUGGGCCGAAGUGCUCCCAGGGCAGCACGUGACCUGCGUGAUGAUAUCACUUCCUAGAAGUGAUGUCAUUGCACGAGCCGGGAGCACACACACGCAAAACACAUGCAAGAAUGCAGAAACCAGAAGGUAAGAGCUGGGCCUCUGACAGUCUGCCAAGGGGGAUGGGGGACCUGGCAACCCUAGCUAGGCACCAGGACUGACCAAACACCCUGCAGCCUGCAGUUAAAAGAGCAGGCAGAGGCCAAAGGGGACACUCAUCCAAAUUACUCAGAUCUGUCUAGAUGGUGCUCUAGAUCAGGGUUCCCCGACAUGGUGCAGAGGGCUGGCAUGAUGCCCACCAGUGGUGCCUGACAAGCCUUUCAGAAAGUAGGUGGGGUCAUUGUAAGGCAGGACUUGUUAUUGGCUGCCCUCUUUCAAAUUAAAAGGUUUUCCGUUGGAGGAUCAGGAGUCCCAUUAGUCUUCUCAGUUACUGCAAGGAGGCCCAGUCCUGUGGGUGGGGUGAGAUUCAAGAGGUGCCGGAACCGCCUGCCACCCCUCCCCCGGGACAUGCUCUGUCCUGUCUGUGGCAGAUUGAGAAGGCCUGUAAUGUAUUAACCUCUGGUCUGUAUUUUUAAACGUUCUUUAUCAGGGAGUCAGAUAAAUUUAGGCAUUAGAGUCAUGGUAGCUAACAGCAACAUUAUUAACCAUGUGCCACUUGCCGGGACAGAUCAGUGCCCCACUCAGAACGGUGAACAAAGCCAAUGUUGUUAUUAUCCCCACAAUGCAGCUUGGGCGCUGGGGCUGAGAGGAGUGGCUUACCCAAGGCUGCCUGCUGAUCUCAUGGCAGUUAGAACCAGCAGAGUACAGAUUUGCAACCCAACCACUUAACCACUAUGCUACAGCAGCUGCCAAAAUGACUCCCCACACAUAUCUGUACACCCGUCUCUCCCAUUUAGACGCGUGAAGCCAUCUGCAGUAGUCAGCAAUGGCAGCUCUUCCGUGGAUACCCUUGCCCCUGGGCUUGCCACCCUCUAGGUGGGGCCUGGAGAUAUCCUGGAAUGACAGCCGAGCUCCAGACCAGAGAUCAGUCCCCCUGGAGGGAAUGGCUGUUUUGGAGGGUGGACUGUAUGAAAGCCUCCCUUCCUCAAACUGUGCCUCUCCCAGGGUGCACCGCCAAACCUCCAGAAGUUUCCCAACCCAGAGUUGGCAGCCCUGCUCCCCACUUCCAUCCCCUGCCCCACCGGUCUAACCUACCCAAUGGAGCACCCACGUGUUUUUAUUGCAUGCAUUUCUGUGUUGUUUUGGGUUGUCAGAUCUGAUGAGAUUAUUCUUGUGAGGUUUUAGAUAGUGUGCGCAUUUUCCUGGGCAAUUCAAAAUGGCUCGUAAGAUCUUGGAAGGUCAUCAUGCCAGAUGUCAGCUGCCCUUUGGGGUUGUCAGGCAAUCCCGUACGACAUCACCAGGGCUCCUUGCCUCGUACAGAGUGUUCUUUGGAAUUUGCUAGAGGACUUAAGCUCUGUUUCUCAACCUUUGGGUGAACAUCGCUUCAUUUUGAAAAGGGCCAUAAACUCUUCUGCAAAUUGCACAAAAUACUCAUUGCAAGGCAGAGUACCUAAUACCUUGGUGAUGUAUGUCAUUUCCUAGCAAUCUAAAAUGGCAACUAACAUCUUGGGAUGCGGUCUUCAUUCUACACAGGGUUUUGAGUUUUUUUAACUUGUGCAGGGAUUUUUUUCCACAUUUGUUUAUUCCCCCUUUUCAGUUAUUCAACUUUUCUGCAAGCACAGGCUUUUGCGGAAACUCUUCCCUAGCCCUUGGAGGACAACCCCCUUGUAUCCCCGGCAGAUAUUUUGCUCUGGAGAAGGGGAAGACAGUUCUCACACGAUCAGAUAGAUGAUGUACAACAUCCUGCCCAGUUGUUCAGACAUGCAUGUUGGUGACAGUUUCUCUAAAUGUGAAUGCUGUUGAUAAAACUUGAACGUAUGUGAACUGACUGUUGAAAAGCAUUGUAUCUGAUGUAAUACAAGCUUCUAUGAAAAUUAUAACUGCAGUCUGAGAUGUGGACACGUCAUGAUGACCUAUUUAGAUGUACAAGUUACCAUCAGAAGCUGUAGUUAUCAAAUGAUGACUAUACACUGGAAAUAGAUUUAAGGAGAAAUUUCACAUCAAGAAUUCAGAACUUGGGUCAGCAAGUGUACCAACAUUAGAAAUCAAUUUCAAUCUCAACUCAAUGCAAUGAAAAUAAAAAAAGGAUUAAUGGGA